AGCUAGAACGACGAGAAUAAAAAUGAGAUGAGUUAGUUCAUUUGGAGACGUCAAAGCAAUCAGUAGUUUAUUUUAUUUCCUCCUACCGAACAGUUCUUUAAAUUAUAAUAGUGGCGACGAGUGAUAAAAAGUGUCAAGGUCAAGUUACUGUGCUACCAUAGACAUAUUUCGGCGGACUUUGCGUUUGGCUGAUGCAGAGGAAGAAUCUUGCUGAAGGAAGAAUCUGGAACACUUAUGCUAGGGACAUAGCUGGACACGUUACUAAUUCUGGAAGAUUUCCCUAUUCUGGACAGAUUAUCUAACGAGUGAUCCAUCAGUGAGAGAAUCUUUAGAACCUUAGCUUCUAACAACUGGUGAAGUAUAAAACAGCAAGAAAGUGAGACAUUGCCGGUAAUUCCACAUCCAGCCUGCCAUUUAUUUCGUCAAUUGACGGCUCGCGAGGUUGCUGACUGGCAUUGCCGCGAGUAGGAAAUCCCUCUAAUCCCUGGGUCGGUAAAUGCUGACGACGAGUUCCGGUGAGUUUGAUCUUUUUUAACUUUUGGGAAGCUGUAUCUGAAGUUAUUGCCUAUUAGCUAAUUCCUGCUGUUGCAUAUUGACUUAUUUAUAAUACCAAUGGCUCAGUCCAAUAUUACAACCACACUGGAACCUUUUCGGAAGGGUUGUUCAUUCAGUGAUUGGGUGGACAGACUCAGAUUUUUUUUUAACAUGAAUAAGGUUCCCGAUGACGCCAAAAGGGAUCAUUUCAUUACUUUAAGUGGUCCGGUGAUCUUCCGAGAACUCAAGCUGUUGUAUCCUAACACGGAUUUAGCACAAAUUGACUACACUGAAAUGGUUUCCAAAUUGAAAGCUAGACUAGAUAAGACGGAAUCAGAUUUGGUACAGCGCCUAAAAUUCAAUGUUAGAAUGCAACAGCCAGAUGAGUCAUUGGAGGAUUUUGUAUUAUCAGUCAAACUUCAGGCUGAAUUUUGCAACUUCGAGAACUUUAAAGAAAUGGCCGUUAGAGAUCGUAUAGUCGCUGGGAUUCGUGACAAGGCACUCCAGCAGAGACUUCUCAAUGAAGAGAAACUUAGCUUGGAGAGUGCUGAGAAAUUAAUAGCUACCUGGGAGAUUGCAAGAAAUAAUGCCAUAAAUAUGGAUUUUAAUAGUGGGCUCGAUCAAAUAGCUGCACUUAAAGCUAACGGGGGAUCUGGAACAAGAUUGCAAAGACUAGCAGCUACUAUGGAAUUAGCAUCUAGAUCGCUACAAAAUGAAGGCCGGGUUGAACGUGGCUCAGUUAAAAGCAGAUUAGGUUAUUCACCGUAUAAAAAGGAUCAAUGGCGCAACAGGCAAUGGCGCACAAACAAUGGACAAAGCAGGCAAUCGGACAAUAGGCGAUGGAACGAUGGAAUGCAGAUGAAUGACGAAGGUCCUCGACGAUGGAAAAGUCCUGAUUAUUCUCAAAUGGUGUGUGAUUUCUGCAAAGUAAAGGGUCAUAUUAAGCGCAAAUGCUUUAAAUUGAAAAACAUGAAGAGGGAUGCGGUAAACAAGAUGAAUUCAAAUGAAUCAGGCGACAAUCCGGAACUAUAUUUGAGUGAAUUGGUCAACAGAAUGCGCACUGAGUCGGACAGCGAGAGUGAAGUAGAGGAUUCUAAUUGGAAACGCGUUAACCAUGGCCCAUCGAAAUCAACUACGUUUGAGUAAGGAACGAAACCCUUCCGACGGUCCAAUAAUACAAUGGAGCAGGCAACAGCCGCAGCAAGCGAGAAGUCCCAGUUGUGACGAAUUUCAUGGAUUUACGGAAGCAGAAUUGAAAAGAGGAAAGAAGCGUAAAUACGCUGUGGAGGGUAAUGAAAUGCCUGUAGGCUCACCGAUCAGGCGAUCGAAAAGGUUGAAAAGGACGAGAAAGAUAGAUGAUAAUUUUGUAUACUCAAGUUAAAAUAAUGUGAAAUUGAUCACGUUCGAAUUAAUUAUAAUUUUAAUAAUGUACCCUUGAAUUAAAAAUAAUUUUGAAUUUUACUAAAAUACAGUUAUAAGAAUCUUUCUAAAUGGGAAGAGCUGAAGUAUAUAGAUUUAGUGUGUGGGCGAAAGCUCAGUCGAUUAUCGGGCGAAACCCGUUAAACGGUAGAAAUAUAAUACCAUACGUAUGUGUAGAAGCUAGAAC